UGCUGGAGUUAAUUCUUCCGCGGGGCGGAAACGGCAUGUCUGCCUGUGCAACGAGCAUUUCCAGCCCCCUUUCCUUGGAGGACCCCAUGAGUAAACUGUGGCGGCGCGGGAGCACGUCUGGGAUUAUGGAGACCCCUGAGCCGGGGGAAGCUCUGGAGUUGAGCCUGGCCGGUGCCCACGGGCACGGUAUGCACAAGAAAAAGCACAAGAAGCACAAGAAGAAGCACAAGAAGAAACACCAUCAAGAAGAGGACUCCGGGCUAACACAGCCUUCUCCUGCCAAGCCCCAGCUCAAACUCAAAAUCAAGCUAGGUGGGCAGGUCUUGGGCACCAAGAGUGUCCCUACCUUCACUGUUAUACCUGAGGGGCCUCGCUCUCCCUCUCCCCUAAUGGUUGUGGAUAACGAAGAGGAACCUAUGGAGGGAGUGCCCCUGGAGCAGUACCGUGCCUGGCUGGAUGAAGACAGUAACCUUUCCCCAUCCCCACUUCAGGACCUAUCUGGGGGGAUAGGGGACCAGGAGGAAGAGGAGGAACAGAGGUGGCUAGAUGCACUGGAGAAAGGGGAGCUAGAUGACAAUGGAGACCUCAAGAAGGAGAUCAAUGAGCGACUGCUCACUGCUCGACAGAGAGCUCUGCUCCAGAAGGCCCGGAGUCAGCCUUCCCCGAUGUUGCCGCUCCCAGUCCCUGCGGGCUGCCCGGCCCCUGCCCUCACCGAGGAAAUGCUGCUCAAGCGCGAGGAGCGGGCGCGGAAGCGGAGGCUGCAGGCGGCGCGGCGCGCAGAAGAGCACAAGAACCAGACUAUCGAGCGCCUCACCAAGACUGCUGCGCCAAGCGGGCGGGGAGGCCGGGGAGCUGCGCGGGGCGAGCGGCGGGGAGGGCGGGCCGCAGCACCCACCCCCAUGGUGCGCUACUGCAGCGGGGCCCAAGGUUGCACUCUUUCCUUCCCGCCCGGCGUCCCCGCCCCCGCGGCAGUGUCUCAGCGGACAGCCCUGGCAGGUCCUCCCCCGCGGUGCUCUGUCCCCGGAUGCCCACACCCGCGCCGCUAUGCCUGCUCCCGCACGGGUCAGGCACUCUGCAGCCUUCAGUGCUACCGCAUCAACCUGCAGAUGCAGCUGGGGGGACCCGGGGGCCCUGGAUCCCCCCUUUUGGCAACUUAAGGACCUUACUAAAACCCAGACUCUGUGCUCCAUGUCUAUAGUGUCGUCCCUUUCGUAUUAAAUUUCAUCCAGUA